CACACGGAGAAGAGGUGUGUGUGUGUCCUCUCUCUCUCUCUCUCUCUCUCUCUCUCUCUCUCUCUUACUCUCUCUGUGUUCACGUUGGGUGGGAACACACAUCAGGGAUUGUAGCCGUCCGGAUUUAAAUCGGGACGUUUACAAAUGAAUGGAAAUCACCACCGAACAAGACCACCACCCGCCCCGAGCUCGCCCGAUGCCCGCUGUAAUUUAGCUCCCUGUUAACACCGGCACGCGUCUGCCCACCGAUUGACUUCACGAGCGCCGGGCAGCAACAUAGAGAAGAAUGGAGGCGUUUUUCGCAGAGGGGGCCCGUGUGUGGGUCAAGGAGAAGGAGCAGCUGGUCCCCUCUACUGUCAACUCCUGUGGAGACGGAACCCUGGUCCUCACUACCGACUAUGGAGAGGUGUUGUAUCUCCAGCAGGCUGAGGUGACUAGAGAGAGAGUGUAUGCUAUGCAUCAGUCCAGUAUAGAUGGGGUGGAGGACAUGUCCACUCUGGCAGAACUACACGAAGCUGCCAUCAUGCACAACCUCUACCAGCGCUACCAGAAGGACAGCAUCUAUACCAACAUAGGCAGUAUCCUGGCAGCGGUGAACCCUUAUAAACAGAUCCCAGGCAUGUAUGACCUAGAUAGAGUUGAGCUGUACAGUCGACACCACAUCGGAGAACUCCCGCCCCAUAUCUUCGCUGUAGCCAAUGAGUGUUACCGCUGCAUCUGGAAACGACACGACAGCCAAUGCGUCCUCAUCAGUGGGGAGUCGGGGGCUGGUAAGACAGAGAGCACCAAGCUGCUGCUCCAGUUCCUGUCUGUGAUGAGCCAGAACUCUGCUGGGAUGCCUCCUUCUGAGAAGACCACACCAGUGGAACAGUCCAUCGUUCAGAGCAGUCCUAUCAUGGAGGCGUUUGGGAAUGCCAAGACAGUGUACAACAACAAUUCUAGUCGCUUUGGGAAGUUCAUCCAGCUCCACUUCUCCCAGAGCGGGAACAUCCAUGGUGGAUGUAUCGUUGACUAUUUACUGGAGAAGAACCGCGUGGUGAGACAGAACCCUGGAGAACGGAACUACCACAUAUUCUACGCCCUUCUGGCCGGAGCCAACAAGGAACACAGGGAGCUGUAUUUCCUGGAUGACCCUCCUGAGUCAUUCCACUACCUCAGCCAAUCAGGCUGUCUCAAAGACAAGAGCCUGGACGAUAAACAGCUCUUCAACAGCGUCAUGGAGGCGCUGAAGGUGAUGGAGUUCACUGAGGAGGAGACCAGAGACGUGUUCAAACUGCUGUCUGGAGUCCUACAGCUGGGCAACAUUCAGUUCAUGACCGCCGGAGGAGCGCAGAUCACCACCAAACAGGUGCUCAGUAAUGUCAGUGAGCUACUUGGGCUGGACUGCUUCCAGCUGUCUGAGGUGCUGACGCAGAGAUCCAUGAUCCUCAGAGGAGAAGAGAUAUGCUCUCCGCUCACCAUAGAACAGGCGGUGGAUUCCCGGGACUCUGUUUCCAUGGCUCUGUAUUCCCAGUGUUUUUCCUGGAUCAUUCUCCGGAUCAACCAGAAGAUCAGAGGGAAAGACAACUUCAAGUCCAUCGGAAUACUGGACAUCUUCGGCUUCGAGAACUUCCAGGUGAAUCGGUUUGAGCAGUUCAACAUCAACUACGCCAACGAGAAGCUGCAGGAGUACUUCAACAAACACAUCUUCUCCCUGGAACAACUGGAGUACAACAGAGAGGGAGUCCAGUGGGAAGCCAUAGACUGGAUGGAUAACGCUGAGUGUCUGGACCUCAUAGAGAAGAAACUGGGGAUGCUAGCAUUGGUCAACGAGGAGAGUCGCUUCCCCAAAGGGACAGACUUCACACUGCUGGAGAAACUACACAGCAGGCACUCUACAAACCCUUACUAUGUGAAGCCUCGACUGGCUGACCAUCAGUUUGGCAUCAGGCACUAUGCUGGAGAGGUUCUGUAUGAUGUCACCGGGGUUCUGGAGAAGAACAGAGAUACAUUCAGAGACGACAUCCUCAACAUGCUGAAGGAGAGCCGACUGGACUUCAUCUAUGAUCUGUUUGAGAGAGUGGGCAGCAGGAACAGUGAGGAGACUCUGAAGAUGGGAACAGCCAGACGCAAGCCUACCGUCAGCUCACAGUUUAGGGACUCUCUCCAUUCCCUCAUGGGCACUCUGAGUGUGUCCAACCCCUUCUUUGUGCGCUGCAUCAAACCCAACAACGAGAAGAACCCUAGCGUGUUUGACCCGGAAGUGGUUCUGAACCAGCUGAGGUAUUCUGGAAUGUUAGAAACAGUUAAGAUCCGCCGGGCCGGCUUCCCUGUCCGCAGAACCUUCAAAGACUUCUUCAGCCGGUAUCAGAUCAUUCUACAAGAGAAAGGGGAUGGAGCGGGGGAUGAUAAGAAGAGGAGUACAGACCUGCUGAUCAAAUACGACCGUGCCAAGAAGGAGUGGCAGCUGGGAAAGACCAAGGUGUUUAUGAAGGAGUCUCUGGAACAGCGUCUGGAGAAAGAGAGAGACGAGGUUCGCCGUAAAGCAGGCAUGGUCAUCAGAGCCCACAUCCUCACCUACACUGCCAGGAAGCACUUUAAGCGUGUGAAGGGGAGCGUCGUCACCCUCCAGGGGUACCUUCGUACCCACAUACAACGGAAAUGGUUUCUACGGCGAUGCUUGGCAACGCGGGUACUCCAAAAACACAGACGGGGACAGGUGGCCCGUGCAAGCUGCCACACUCUCCGAGAGGAGAGGAGGAAGCGAGAGGAGAAGGAGAGGAAGAAGAGAGAACAGGAGGAGGGAAAGAAGGAGGGAGAGGUGGAAGGAGAGAAGGGGGGUGGAGUAGAAGCAAAGGCUGCUCAGGGUUCUGAGAAGAAGGAAGGAAAGACGGAAGAAGAGGCCCGUCAGAUGGAGGAGAUCUUGCGUAUAGAGUUGGAGAUCGAGCGCCUACAGAAACAGAGGGAGGAUGGGGUCUCCCAGCUCUGUGAGUCCUCCAGGCAGGAGCUCCGGCUACGCCGGGACGCAGAGAUCAAGAGGCUGAAGAAGGAGGCCUCUCGUAAGGCCACAGAACUAAUCGACCUCCUGGACUUUGGGGGUCUGGAUCCUAGUUUAGCCACCGCGGCUAGCGCUAGUGCAGAGCUGCUCCAGGAGGGCCCAGCCAUGGCCACGGCCGUAACCCAGGAGGAGGAGGUUGACGAGGGCUUCCAUGCCGAGGAGGAGUGUACUGUCCCUCUCCUCCCAGACUUCCCUCCUCCAGCCGAGGCUGACGCUGCCGUGGACCAGGAUAUGUUCGCCCACCUGCCGCCCCCUCCACCCGCCUUCGCUGAGGGCUCUACUGCUACACUACCUCCCCCUCCCCUCGAUUCAUCCUCAUCCACUCCCGUCCCUCCCCCGCCUCCCCCCUUACCAGCUGAAGAUGGCUCUGCCACCCCUCCCCCACCAUUGCCUCCUGGAGAGGGGGAGGGAAAAGGAAAAGAGGGGGAGAAAAAAGAGGGUGAUGGAGGGAGGACAACGAGUAUCUUGAGCCUCGGAGAAGGGGAGGAGCCGAUCUACAGCAUGCCGGUCGACAGCGGCGAAUCAGAUUACGACGAGGAGGAGGGCUCUGUCACGGCGGGAGACGAUGGUUCCGCAUCCGGGCAGAAUAGCAACAGAGGCAGCGCGGCCAUGACGGAGGAAGAAGCUCUGAGGAAGUCCACGUGCACCAACGCCAGCAUAGAGUCAUACAGGGGCAGCUCCGACUCAUACAUAGAGAGUGAUGAUGAGCAUGAGGAGCUGUUGGACACAGAUGAGGAGGUACACAACGGCAGGGUCACUCUUCUCAACGGGAACGGACCUCCGUACUUCCAUAGCUACCUCUACAUGAAGGCUGGUCUGAUGAUUCCAUGGCGCAGGCGGUGGUGUGUGUUGAAGGAUGAGACCUUCAUGUGGUUCCGCUCCAAACAGGAGUCCCUCAAGUCUGGCUGGCUCCAUAAGAAGGGAGGAGGACUGUCCACUCUGUCCCGCAGGUUGGGGAACUGGAAGAUGCGAUGGUUUGUUCUGAGGGAACACAAACUGAUGUACUUUGAUAGCGACAGCGAGGAGAAACUGAAGGGAACCAUCGACAUCCGCGCCGCCAAAGAGAUCGUGAACAACCAUGAGAAGGAGAAUGCGUUGAACAUCGUGACAGAUGAGAGGACGUACCAGGUGUUUGCUGAGUCACCAGAAGACGCCAGUGCGUGGUAUAACAUCCUCAGUAAGGUCCAUGUGUAUACUCCCGAGCAGCUGAUGGACAUGUCUCAUGAACAGGCCAACCCCAAGAACGCUGUGGGAACUCUGGACGUGGGGCUGAUUGACUCCGUCUGUGCCUCUGACAACCCAGACAGGCCCAACUCCUUUGUGAUCAUCACAGCGAACCGUGUGAUCCACUGUAACACUGACACUCCAGAGGAGAUGCACCACUGGAUCAGCCUGCUGCAGAAACCUAAAGGAGACGCCAAGAUAGACGGACAGGAGUUCCUGGUUAGGGGUUGGCUCCAGAAGGAGAUGAAGACAGGAACUAAGAGUAAUGUUCUGAAGCUGAAGAAACGCUGGUUCGUGUUAACCCAUAACUCCCUGGAUUACUACAAGAGCUCUGAGCGAAACUCCUCCAAGAUGGGAACCCUCGUCCUCAACUCCCUCUGCUCUGUCUUUCAACCUGAGGAACGAGUGCACAGAGAGACAGGGUACUGGAACAUCGUAGUGCACGGUAGGAAGCACUCGUAUCGCCUCUACACCAAGAUGCUGAAUGAAGCUCUGAGAUGGAUAGCAGCCAUACAGGCAGUGAUAGACAGCAAGACACCCAUAGAAACACCGACACUACAGCUCAUCAGAGAUAUCAAGGACAGCAGUCUGAACCCUGAGGCAGUGGAGCAGACCUACAGGAGGAAUCCCAUCCUCAGAUACACUCAGCACCCUCUACACUCCCCCCUACUGCCACUACCCUACGGAGAAGUCAUCCAGAGACAGCAGGGCUAUGCCAGUCUUCAGGAUGAAGCGAUCCGAGUGUUUAACUCUCUUCAGGAGAUGGAGACUCUGGCAGACCCUGUUCCUAUCAUACGGGGGGUACUGCAGACCUGUCAGGACCUGAGACCUCUCCGAGACGAGGUAUACUGUCAGGUGAUCAAGCAGACCAAUCACGUACCUCAGCCCAAUCAGCCCAAUCAGCGGGCUCAUUGGCACCUCCUCACCUGUAUGAGCUGUACCUUCCUCCCAAGCCGGACCAUCCUCAGAUACCUGCGCUUCCACCUCAAAAGGGUGCGAGAGCAUUUCCCCAACACAGAGAUUGAGCGUUAUUCUGCUUUUAUCAAUGAGUCUCUGAAGAAGACCAAGACCAGGGACUUUAUUCCGUCUCAGGAGGAGAUCGUGGCCCUACUGGUGAGGCAGGAGAUGACAACUACAGUCUACUGCCAUGGAGGAGGCUCCUGCAAGAUCUCCAUCAAUUCACACACCACCGCUGGAGAGGUGGUGGAGAAGUUGAUCCGCGGCCUGGCCAUGGAGGACAGUAGGAAUCUGUUCUCUCUGUUUGAGCACAACAAGGUGACGGACCGAGCUCUGGAGAGCAGGGUCAUAGUGGCUGACGUCCUCGCCAAGUUUGAGAGGCUGUCAGGGACUGAGGAGGAGGAGGAGGAAGGACAGUGGAGACUCUAUUUUAAACUUUACUGUUUCCUCGACAUGGAGAGCAUGCCUAAGGAGGGGGUGGAAUUUGCCUUCAUGUUUGAGCAGGCCCAUGAGUCUCUGAUCAGUGGUCACUUCCCGGCCCCAGAGGAAACUUUGCAGCAGCUAGCCGCUUUACGGCUACAGUAUCUCCAUGGAGAUGGGGCCAGCCGCGCUGGGUGGAGCCUCGGUACUGUUUACCCAAUGGGGCGCCUCCGCUCGCGCAUCUUCCACUCCACCAAACAGGGAGGCGUGGCAGGAGGAGAGGCAGGAGGAGGGCAGGUGGGAAGUGUCAAGGGGGACGGGCAGGAUAGAAGAAGAACCCCCAGCUUCCUGGAUGGAAGUCUGAGGCGCAGCUUCAAGACGGGCUCGCUGAAGAAACAGAAGGAGGAAGAGGGGCAGCAGGUGGAGAUGUGGGUGAAGGAGGAGACAUCGGCCACCAGAGCCCAUGUUCUGGAUAAAUGGACCAAGUUACAGGGACUCGCCCAGCACCAGGCUCUGCUCAAAUACAUGUCCAUCGUCAAAGAGUGGCCCGGAUAUGGCUCUACACUUUUCGACGUGGAGUGUAAGGAAGGAGGUUUUCCCCAUGACCUGUGGCUGGGUGUGAGUGCUGACAACCUGUCUGUGUAUAAGAGAGGGGAACCCAAACCUCUGCAGACGUUCCAGUAUGAGCAGAUCACCUUCUUUGGAGCUCCACAACCCUGCACCUACCAGAUCACUGUCGACGGCAACGACUUGUUCUUCCACACUCCAUUGGUGAUGGAGAUUGCUAAGAUCAUGAAAGCCUACAUCAACAUGAUGGUGAAGAAACGCUGCAGCAUCAUGUCUGCUUCCAGCGUCGCCAGCACCUUUGUCAGGUGAUCAACCAGCAGCCAGUCAGAGCCCUCUAUUCAACAGUACAGGCCUAUCAGAGAGAGGCAGGAAGUGGAUACAAUCCACGGAUUGGUCGGUCGGUUGUUGUUUUGGUGGAGUCAGCUGAUCUUGGAAAGGGGUAACCACAAAACAGCGGACAGUCAAGGAUCUAAAAUGGCAUCCGAUUUCACAAAACUAAAAGGGGAUUGGACACUGCAGCUAACUAUUCUAGACUUGGGAAUUGGGUGGAUUGGGUUAAAUAUCUGUUUGUUAACAAUGAGCAUGGAAAAUGACCCAUUUUGGGGAGGACAACUCCAGCACCUCCCAACCCCCAGUUACCCUGCAUGUCACUGUCUUACAGACAGCAGGUCCAGCACAUUCUAACUCAACCUUACUUCAUCUAAAUAUCUCUAUUACUCCUUUUAUAUCAAUCUCUAAUCUCUCUCUCUCCUCUGUCAUCCCUCUUUCUGUUCUCUCUGGACCAAACCCAUACCAACGACAAGCACAAUAGCCCAGUCAAGCCAUACCACCCGCAAAGCCCCUGUCGCUCCCUUCUCAACCCAAUAGCACACCCCCAGUCGCAGUCCCAACACACUGCCAGCUAGGAGAGAUCAAAUGAAGCCUGUUACUAUUUCUAUCUUCCUUCCUCUGUCUCUUACCCCCUCUCCCCCAUUUGAUAUAACUCUCUCUUUCUCUGUCUGUGUGUCCCCCAUUUUGCCUGCUUCACUCUCUUUACAGUUAAGUGUUAAUUUAUUCUCUGUUGCUUGCUUCCUUUCCUCUCUCUUUCUCUCACUCAAUCUCUCAUUCAUCUGUUGUUAUCCGUGGUGACUGAGAUAAAGGACUGUUUUGUGUUUUCAUCUCGGGGUCGAAUCAGAAAAUCCGGUCCCUUCUUCAUCAGACUGCACAGUACUUACUUCCUGUGUCAACGGAAGUGACAUCACAUAUGGUCAAAUGAAGUGGCCUCAAACAAACCCCCUCAGAGAACCAGGGCUGGAGGCUCAUCCAGGGCCAUCUCCCGCGAUCAUCCUGACUCAGAGGCUCUUUCAAGGGGUAGCUGUCUGGCUCGGUCUG